UUUCCUGGCUCUAGAUCUAGCUAGCGCUCUUAUCUUCCGUCCCCCCUAGCUGCCUCUACUGCUUCCCCUAGCUGAGGCAUACUUUUCAAGAGCUUCUAUGAUGCACGGUUGUAGAGCAGGAAGGGACUAUAAAGGUCAUUUUGUCCAAACUCUAUCUGUAGAUGAGGAAACUGAGACUGAGGGAAAUUAAGCGAUUUUAAAGAGAUACCCAUCAUCUUAAACAGGGAAACGGUAUUUGCUUACUGAUGAUGUCAUUAAAUUGCAAGAAUUUCAGCAAGCAAAGGUGAUGGUUUCUUGUCGAUUUCAAGGCAAAAAAGAAAUCUAUUUUAAAGACAUGGAAGAGAAAAUGAAGGAAAAGGGUCUCAUCUUAAAGGAGGAACUGAAGACCCUGCUCCAUUUGUGUGAGACCCAAGAGGACAUGGAGCUGGCCAGAAAUGCCAUUUACAGGUACCAUGCAGAGAACAGAAACGUUUGCUUUGGGGAGUUUAAGUUUGGACCCCUUUUUAUAAGGCUGUGUUAUGAACUGGACCUGGAACAGUCUGCAGUGGAGCUCAUCAAAGACCAGCAUUUGAAGGGUUUCUUUUCAGACUGCACAUCAUUCAAUAUUCUGAUGAAUAUGUUAUUUAUCAAAGACAAUUAUGAAGGUGCAUUGGAGGUUUUAAUAGAAAUGAAAAACCAAGGGGUAAAGUUCAAUAAAGACACCUACGUCCUUGCUUUUGCAAUUUGCUACAAAUUGAACAGUGCCAAGUCAUUCAACACCAGCAUGAAUUUACUGGACGAAGCACUGAUAAAAGGAGAAGUUUUGACAAAGCGGGCAUACAGUUUUGCCAUCGCAUUAGCCCUCAAACAGAACCAGGUGGCCAAGGCACGGGCCAUUUAUUCUCAGAUCAUUAGCCCAGACAGCAGAGCCUGCACGAAUUUAAAUGUCCUCAUCCAUGCCCACUCAGGCUUGUUGGAAGGAGCCUUGCAGAUACUAGAGGCAUCUACCGAAAAGACCCACUCCAGUUUGGUGAGGAAGCCAGAAUUCUCAGAGGAAGUGCUGGCCACAGUGAAGGAGAAAUUAUAUGGACAGCCAGCACUCCAGGACAGAUUCAGAGAGAUCUACAAUAGACUGCAGGUAGCUUACCAGAUCAUCCCCCAGACUGUGGAUGCCAUACUCUGUGUCAUCCCUCAGAGGAAGAAACCGGACGUCCUCUCAUUUAACAGGAGGCAAAUAAGCCGCCGGACUUUACAGCCACUCAAUUCAUUUCUGAUGGCUGAGUAGCCCUGGAUUGGAUCACCAGUGACUUUGAAUUGAAUAUACCUUUCUGAGCAUCUUAGAAAUGGAGCUGAAGGAAAUUAGGCUGAACAUGUUUUUCCCAUCAACAGAUUUUUGAUACUUAUCAAUGACUGACAUUCCAAACUGCGAGGUUGGUACUCUGAACUGGUGUGGACAAUAUUGACCCAGACAACCAGAAAUCUUGAUUUUUUUGGACAUCAUAAAUUGUCUGCAUAGAGAGAAGUGCACCUUGGAGAAAGUUGUAAUGGCUUCUUAGUGGUUUCCUGGGCCUGAGUUUACACUGACAGAGAGAAAUAGCAGAGAAGGAUUUCAGAUCCAGUUUGAAUAACCCUCCUUCCAAAGAUACUUGUUAUAUCCCAGGAAACUCAGUUUUGUUGUGGGUUUCAGGAGGUUUGCUAUGCCACCUUGUAAACAAUGAUCUUUCCUUCUUUUUAUUUCCUUGAAUGCACUAACUAAAAUUUUAUUUUUAGUAUCUAAAGUGCCAAUGUAUGGAUUCUGAGAAAGUCUGUAAUAAAGUAUAGUAACUAUAAUUUUCUGGAGGCGGGAUUAUAUGGAAAAUCUAACACACUAUGGAAUUGGGAAUAAGGAGCCCAGGAUUUUAUGGCUUCUGCCACUGCCUAAUUUAUGUGACCCAAAAUAUCAGUGCUUGUGCCUUCAUAUCCUGGCAUUCUGAUUUGAGAAUCUUAGACCCUGCCUAGGAAGGGAAGAGGCUAAUAAAAAGAAAUGCAUAGAAUAACAAAAA